UGCAGUGUUCGCCGUGGGUUCCAGGUGUACCGCCAGGUGUGCUCAGCCUGUCACAGCCUGGAGUACGUGGCCUUCAGGAACCUCAUCGGGGUCACCCACACCGAGGCCGAGGCCAAGGCUCUGGCUGAGGAGGUGGAGGUGCAGGACGGGCCGGACGAGAACGGGGAGAUGUUCAUGAGGCCGGGCAAGAUCUCCGACUACUUCCCAAAGCCCUACCCCAACCCCGAGGCUGCCCGCGCUGCCAACAACGGGGCACUGCCCCCCGACCUCUCCUACAUCGUCAAUGCCAGGUCUGGGGGGCACUGGGGGGAUUGGGAGGUCACUGGGGAUUGGG